AUGAAGGAGGUAUGCAUUAGAGGAAAAACCCUUUCUGCCACUGUGAAGUUAGGAGAACACACUCAUAGUCUAACAGAUAUCUACAAAGAAACUUUGUAUGCUACGUUUACUGAGGGGAACUCUGAACAUGAAGGCCGAGAUGUGUUUCUAUCAUCAAAAAGAAAGAAUAAUCCUUUUAUCCUCAACCUGAAUGUUGGAGGGAAAUUUUUUUAUCUUGAUUGCUUUGCAGCAGCAAAAUAUCCAGUCACUAGAAUUGGAAAAAUCGCAACUUAUACAGAUCCAUUAAAAAGAUUACACCUAUGUGAUGACUAUUCAGUGCACAAAAAUGAAUAUUUCUUUGACCGGGAUCCUACAGUUUUCUGCUACAUAUUCAAUUUCUAUCGCAGUGGAAUCUUAUGGAUUAUGGAUGAGCUGUGUCCUCUUAACUUUGUUGAAGAGAUAGAAUACUGGGGUAUUCAUAUAAAUUAUACACCUAACUGUUGUCGUACUCUGUUUCAAGAGCAUCAAGAUGAGCUGAAAGAGCAUAUUAAGAUACAGAAGGACCUGCACGCUGAACUUGAACGCCAUGAUCAUGAAAAACACUUUGAAGGCAAGUGGCUUGGAGAUUUGCGAAACAAGAUAUGGAAUUUAAUGGAAAAUCCAUACUCUUCUAUUCCAGCUAAAAUUAUAGCCAUAUUAUCUAGUAUUUUUGUCUUGAUUUCUAUUGUAACUAUGUGUCUCAGUACAGUGGAGGAACUUAAACAUAUGAACCUCUAUGGUGUAUCCUAUAUGGAACAUAUGGAUAUGGCUUGUGUCAUUUUCUUCACCACUGAGUAUGUUAUUAGACUAUUAUCAACUUCAGAUAUUAAAAGAUUCCUAAAAACUGUGUUAAAUAUUGUAGACCUUAUUGCUAUAUUACCAUUUUAUAUCCAGAUUAUAUUUGAGAGGUUCUCAGAAGAAGCAUAUGUCCAUCUACACCCUGAUGAUAUGGAAAGAAUGGAAAGAGUGGGACAACUUGGAAAAGUGCUAAAAAUAAUUCGUCUCAUGCGGAUAUUUCGGAUCUUGAAACUGGCCCGUCAUUCAAUUGGACUGAGAGCUUUUGGUUUCACUAUACGUCAGUGCUACCAACAAGUUUGCUGUUUGUUCUUGUUCAUUGCUAUGGGCGUGUUUACAUUCUCUGCUCUAAUGCAUUCUGUUGAACAUGACAUCCCUGGCACUAAUUUUCCCAGCAUUCCAGAUGCUUGGUGGUGGGCUGCGGUCAGUAUUUCAACUGUGGGAUAUGGCGAUACAAUUCCUGAUACAAUUUUGGGGCGCAUUGUAGCCUUUUUGUGUAUAUCUUUUGGAAUUAUUCUCAAUGGCAUGCCGAUAUCCAUACUUUACAACAGAUUUUCAGACUUUUAUGCAAAACUAAAAGCACACGAAAGCACCGGUGUUAUGAAAAUUUAUACUGAAAUCAAAUUUAAAGAAAGAAUCAUGGAAAAGAUAAAAACGUGUUGUGACAAGACAGAAUGCUGA